AUGAUGGUAUGGCUUUUAUUACUAUUGGCGUUAAUAUUGAGGUUUCUGACCUACAAGAUCAGUAGGCGAAAAAUGUACAAACUGACCUCGCUCGUUUCGGCUCCGCUAGAAGAACUCCCUAUUAUCGGGGUCGCACAUACUAUGCAUGGAAGUUCAGUGGACAGAAUGGAGACACUUAAACAAUUUAGUUACUACUCCUUUGAAUCACAUGGAAUUAUUCGAAUGUGGUUGUUUCAUAUACUGUAUUUUGUGCUAACGAACCCAGUGGACAUAGAAAUGAUACUGAAGAAUUGCCUUGAGAAAGACGAUCUACAUCGGUUCGUACGUAAUGUAAUUGGCAAUGGAGGAAUUUUUGCGCCAGUAUCAAUAUGGCGGAGACGGCGAAAAGUCACAGUUCCAGCAUUCAGUCCAAAAAUCAUCGAGAAUUUUGUAGAGGUGUUUUCUGAACAAAGCGAGAUACUGGUUAAGAGACUGGAGCCAAGAGUCGGAACAGGCCAGUUCAGCAUAUGGCCAUAUCUUAGCAGUUAUACUUUGGACUCUGUCAGUGAAACAGCAAUGGGCGUAAAAUUGCACGCACAAGAAAACCCGAAUUCCCUGUUUCUGCAAGCAAUUAACAAAUUGUUACAUUUGGUGAGCGAGAGGUUUUUCUGCUUGUGGUUGCAACCCAACUGGUUGUAUAAGUUUAUGCCUCAGUACGCGACGCACGAGAAGAAUAAAAACAUUAUGCAUGAGUUCGUAGAUCAGGUAAUCACGAAAAAACGUGAAGAAAUUAAGACAAAACAUGAAAGCAAAUCGGAAUCAGAGAACAAAAAAGAUUUUGAUUUUGACAGUUACAAAAGGAACUCAUUCUUAGAUUUGUUAAUAACUCUUUCUGGCGGAGAGAAAGGGUUCACAAACGUAGAACUAAGAGAGGAAGUUCUUACACUCACUGUAGCUGGUACAGAUACAUCGGCCGUCUCUAUAGGGUACACGCUCGUGCUACUGGGAAAGUACCCUGAGAUUCAGGAGAAAGUUCAUCAAGAAUUAUGCGACGUUUUCGGUGAUUCAGAUAGACCAUUGGUAAAAGAAGAUAUUUCGAAAUUGAAAUAUUUGGAAAGAGUUGUUAAGGAGUCGCUUAGGUUGUAUCCUCCGGUGCCUUUCAUUGCUAGGAAAGUUUUGAAAGAUAUUAAACUGUCCUCUGGUUACGUCCUCCCUGCUGGAUCAGGAAUAAUAGUGUCCAUCUGGGGAAUCCAUAGGGAUCCCAAAUACUGGGGUCCAGACGCUGAAAAGUUCGAUCCUGACCGCUUCUUGCCAGAACGAUUCAACUUUGAACAUUCUUGCAGUUUUAUGCCGUUUAGUAACGGUCCCAGAAACUGUGUUGGUUACCAAUACGCUCUAAUGUCUAUGAAGAUAGCAUUGUCUACAAUUCUACGGAGGUAUCGAAUAGUGGGUAAAGAGGGAACCCUUCGAAAUCCUUUUAUCAAAGUGAAACUCCAAAUAAUGAUGAAGGCCGUUGAUGACUACCAAGUCGCCUUAGAAAGAAGAGUGCCAAAGACUUCAGAUUGCAAUGCACGCGGCUCUUAAGAUACCGUAGUAACAUUGAAAGGCUUUUAUCAUAGAGGAUAGAAUACCAUUGGUUGAUUAUUAUCGUACGGCAGAUUUUAUAUAAAUUUAUUAGUAGUCGAAGUUUUGUUUUGCAUUUGCAUUUGAUAAUUUGAUACAAAAACUGUUAUCAAAGAAUUAGACCCGUUAAAUAAAUUAAUGUUGUUA